UACAAAGCGAAGGCAUAAUCAUCAGAGGGAAGGCUGUUUUCCCAGCUCAUCCUCUGCAGUCAGGAGGCUGGGCUCUUUUCUGUACAUGCUGAGAAGCCCAUGUGUUGCCUGAGGUAUCCAGGUACAGCACAGCUGGAUCUGGAUGUGAACCUGGUUUCUGGCAGGAAGGAAAAUCUGCAGCCAGAGAUUGAGAGCGACCUUAAGAGUGGUAGCUGGAGCUGUCGGGCUGAGUGGGGAAGCGCUCAGACAGCAGCUGCCAGCAAAGACAAGCUCUUUCCACAACAGCACAACAAGCAGCCUUGAGGAAGAGAGGCGAGACUCCUCCAAAGGGCUCCUUGCCCCUUAUGCUGCUGCCUACAUUGCCUGCCACCCAAGAAGCCAGCCAGCUAACCCUCCUGGAUUAUAAAGGCCAAGGCUACAGAUGGUAUUCAAAGCCAUCUGCUUUGUUGAUGUUGUAACCCUCCCAAAUAAAAAGGAAUAAAAGGAAGAAGAAGAAAAAGCAAGCCUCUGGCAACUUGAAGGGUUUGAAGACACCGGCAUCCCCCAUAAAGUAUUUUCUGAUGGCACUCCUACGUACGGUAAUUAUCAGGAUUGCUCUGAAGGAACCUGGAAUAUCAGCACUCCUACUGAUCAGGAUUUGAAUUCUGCAAUAAACAGCUAAUGAUAACAAAAAUGGCACGAUAGGCAUUUGAAGCCAUGAGUUGGACCCAGAAUAAUUUCAAGUUCUAGAGGUGCAUCUCCUCCAAGGACCUUUGCUGAAGGUGGACAGAGCCUCCCCAGAGUUCACUUGGAAGAUGAGUGAUGGUACAUGGAUCACACUUAGUCCGGCAGAGUUUGCUCAGCUCCAGCAGUAUUCGGAGUAUUCCACAAAGAAAUUAAAAGAUGUUUUAGAAGAGUUCCAUGGGGAUGGGGUCCUAUCAAAAUAUAACCCAGAACAGAAACAAGACACCCUGAACCAAUCCAUUGACUAUGAGGGGUUCCAGCUCUUCAUGAGGACAUACCUGGAGGUGGAUAUUCCAGAGGAGCUUUGCCAGCACCUCUUCAUGUCCUUCAAGCGAAAAGUCUGCCAAGCUUCUCCAGAGGGCCAGCGGCAAAGUUCCAGUGUUCCACAGCUCAACAAUCUUGAGUCCAAGACCAUAGAUACAGGCAUCUCUAUCCAGACUGAAGUUGCUUGUGCCCCUGUCACAGGAAUCAAUGGGAAAACACUCCUAAGUACCAUGGGAAGGCACACACCUGAAUCCAAACGCUCCCAGGCAAACCUAGUAGAUCAGCAAUCAGCAUCUCUAUGUCCCACUCCGACUGCCAAUACCAAUGCCUUUGGGAAUGCCUCACCAAGCUGGUCCAGGUCAUCGUCACAGAAAUCUGCUGGCGCCCCCUCUGCUCACAACUCCUCAGGGUCCUCCAAGAUCUCCUCAGGUUCUCUGCUAAGUCCACAGUCCCCGGGUUCCAGAAGCUUGGAAAAGAAACUGCCAUUCAGCCUCCGAAAGAGCCACAACUCCCUGAAAACAACCAGUCCUCAUUUGCCAGCCCCACUGGCUCAGGUAGUCUACCUGAAGGACAUUGUCUGCUACCUGUCACUGCUGGAAAGGGGACGGGCUGAGGAUAAGCUGGAGUUUAUGUUUCGUCUCUAUGACACAGAUGGCAAUGGCCUCCUGGACAGCUCGGAAUUGGAUCGUAUUAUUAAUCAGAUGGUUCAUGUAGCAGAAUACCUGGAGUGGGACUCCACAGAACUGAGGCCGAUCUUGAAGGAAAUGAUGGAAGAAAUAGACUAUGAUCAUGAUGGAACUGUGACACUGGAAGAAUGGAUUCGAGGAGGCAUGACCACCAUCCCUCUGCUGGUCCUACUGGGCAUGGAAACAAAUGUAAAGGAUGAUGGCCAGCAUGCCUGGAGGCUGAAACACUUCAAGAAACCUGCCUACUGCAACUUUUGUCGCACCAUGCUGCUGGGAGUGAGGAAGCAAGGCUUGUGCUGCUCCUUUUGUAAAUACACAGUCCAUGAAAGGUGCGUGUCCAAAGAGAUUGCUUCCUGCAUCAGCACUUACGUGAAAUCCAAAAGAAAUCCAAAUGCGAUGCAGCACACAUGGAUUGAGGGGAAUUCUCCAGCCAAGUGUGAUCGUUGUCAUAAAAGUAUCAAAUGCUACCAGGGCAUUACUGGUCUACAUUGUGUAUGGUGCCAAAUCACACUUCACAACAAAUGUGCCUCUCAUGUGAAGCCAGAAUGUGAUGGUGGGCAGCUUAAAGACCACAUCUUGCUGCCAUCCCACAUCUGCCCAGUUGUUCUGGAUAGGCAAUCCCACCCAAGAAGAUCAGACAGUGAAUCCCCAUCCAGCACCACCCCAGAUGACACAAGCCUGACCUUCAGAUACAACACCACAACAGUGGAUGGACAUGGGCUGCAGAUCACCCCUAAGCCUGGAACACAUCCACUGCUGGUGUUUGUGAACCCCAAGAGUGGAGGGAGACAAGGGGAAAGGGUUCAUCGGAAAUUCCAUUAUCUCCUCAACCCCAGACAAGUUUACAACCUGGACCGAGGGGGACCCACUCCUGGAUUAAAUUUUUUCCAUGAUGCCCCAGACUUUCGCAUUCUGGCUUGUGGAGGGGAUGGGACUGUUGGAUGGAUCCUGGAUUGUAUAGAUAAGGUAAACCUAGCAAAGCACCCUCCCGUGGCUAUCCUGCCCUUGGGGACAGGCAAUGACCUUGCCCGCUGUCUACGAUGGGGAGGAGGUUAUGAAGGAGGCAACUUAAUGAAAGUCCUGAAGGACAUUGAGCACAGUACAGAGGUGAUGCUGGACCGAUGGCAAAUUGAUGUCAUUCCCGAUGACAAAGAGGAGAAUGGAGAUCCUGUCCCCUUGAACAUUAUCAACAACUAUUUCUCCAUAGGAGUGGAUGCAUCAAUUGCGCACAGAUUCCACAUGAUGAGGGAAAAACAUCCUGAGAAAUUCAAUAGCAGAAUGAAGAACAAGCUGUGGUAUUUUGAAUUCGGCACCACUGAAACCUUUGCUGCCACCUGUAAGAAGCUCCAUGAUUACUUUGAGAUUGAGUGUGAUGGAACAGUUCUGGACCUGAGUAGCACUUCAUUGGAGGGUAUUGCAGUCCUCAACAUUCCCAGCAUGUACGGAGGCUCCAAUCUCUGGGGAGAGACUAAGAAGCAGCGCAGCUAUAACCGGAUGAGCAAGAAAGUACCUGAAAAGUUACAAUCCUCAGUCGUUACUGAUGCCAAGGAGCUGAAGUUCUGUAUACAAGAUCUCAGUGAUCAGCUCUUGGAAGUUGUGGGCCUUGAAGGGGCUAUGGAGAUGGGGCAGAUCUAUACUGGACUGAAAAGUGCUGGCAAGAGGCUUGCCCAGUGUUCCUCCGUCACCAUCAGGACAACCAAGCUGUUGCCCAUGCAAGUGGAUGGAGAGCCCUGGAUGCAGCCGCCCUGCACAAUUAAAAUCACCCACAAAAGCCAAGUGCCGAUGUUGCUGGGACCUCCCCAAAAGAGCAGCUUCUUCUUCCUGAGGAGAAGAAACCGAACUCGAGAUUAAACUGCAGGCAAGCAAAGAACAAUCUCUUCAGAAACAGCAAUUCUUCAUUCCAGUGGCAAUCACACAGAGAAAGCCUAUGGAAAAGAACCCUUCAUUCCUUCAGAUUUCCUGGCUUCUGACUUUGCUUCGGAAACAUCAGUCUGGAGGCAGCGUUAUGAACUCUUAGUGGAAAAUAACAGGGUUGGCAUUCGGCAGUCGAACUGAAAUAGCGGUGUGGAGGCUGGUUAUGCGUUCCAUUGCAGAGGCUCAUGGAUGCAGAAAACUGUUGUUGCCAAGAGUGAAGUUGAAAGGGAAUGGCAGGAGUCUUUUCUGGAAGCAGAAAGCAAACUCAGGGGUAUUUUAAAUAAGCUACUGGACUGAACUGCUCGUCACGAACACCUCACGAUCGAAGUCUUAAGGGACUCUCCGAGCAACCAGAGAGAGAGAGAGAACCAGAUAUAUAAACAGGCCAAACGAGCAUCUUUCCAUUAGGCUGUACUGAAUGCACACUUCCCUCUUAGUGUUUUGUGUGAAUACAGACAGCAGACUAACCCUGUUCCCCACCAUGACAUGUACUGUAUAUCCUCUUGGGCAUGGACUGCUCUUCCUUCUUUCCCAUGGAUCUUUUUGUGGUUCUCUGCAUGGAAUUGUGUGAAUUCGUAAUGUAGCUCAUGUUUAUAUGUAAAUCCUAAAUGAUGUGAUUUUACAUCAAAUAAAAUGAUAAUGAAGCAGUG